UCCGCACACCAUUUUGUUAAAAAAACCCUCUUCAUUCGCAUAUGCCCUUUAGUAAUACUAAUACCCACUCUCCAUCUCUCUAUCAAACCUAACUUCUCCUCAACCUCUCUGCAGAUCCUUUCUAAACUCUUCAAUGGUGUCUUCACAUCUUCAUCUCAAUCAUAUUCUAAUCAAUAUCACUAUCAUCAUAUUCUUGCUAUCUAAUAUUUCUGAAGCUCAAAUAUCAUCAUUAGACAGUCAAGAUUCAAUUGUUAUCCCCAUAACCAAAGAUAUUGGUUCACACCAAUACAUAAUACAGAUUGGUCAACGAACCCCUCACAUACCCACAAAGCUCGUUGUAGAUCUUGGCGGCAGGUUUCUAUGGGUUGAUUGUCACUCUGGGUACGUGUCGUCAAGUUCAGUGUCAAUCGGUUCAGUGUUCUACGGCGUUGAGCACCAGUCCAACAGUUUUUGCUGCAAGUGAGUGUGGCAAGAGUCUGUGUAAAACGUUUCCGGAAAAUUCAAUCAGUGGUGUUGGUUCAAACGGUGAGCUGGUUGAGGAUGUUAUAACCGUUGGAUCUACUAACUGUUCGGUAUCAACCGUCGACCGUUUUCUGUUCUCUUGUGGUCCCACGUAUUUGCUGGAUCGGUUAGCUGCUGGUGUUCAAGGGAUGGUAGGUCUGGGGAAGAACAGAAUUGGGUUACCGUCACAACUAUCAGCAAGAUUUAAUCUUAACCGUAAAUUUGCUAUUUGUUUGCCAUCCUCAGUUCAAUCCGACGGUGUAAUAUUCAUCGGUGGUGGCCCCUAUACGGUUCGUCCUAAAAGGGAUAUCUCGAAAUCACUGAUUUACACACCGAUAUUAAGUAAACCGGGUACGGAACUGGAACCAAGUUCAGAUGAUCAGUACUACAUCGGAGUGAAGUCAAUCAAGGUCAACGGCAUCCGGAUUCAGUUAAACCCGGGGUUGUUGUCCAUUGAUAGUGACACCGGUUUUGGUGGAACCAAAUUAAGCACAAUUGUUCCUUACACUACAUUAGAGAGUUCAAUUUACAGCGCUUUAACUGAAGCUUUUCUGAUUAGUUCCAAGUCUUACAAUUUGUCUAGAGUGGAACCGAUUCAACCGUUUGGGUUCUGUUUUGGAACUGAGGAUAUUAGUUGGAACAGAAACGGACCUGUAGUUCCAAACGUGGAGUUAGAAUUGCAAAGCGAGAUGGUGAAAUGGAGGAUUUUUGGUUCUAACUUAAUGGUUCCGGUUACUGAUCAAGUAAUGUGUUUAGGAUUAUUGGAUGGAGGUUUGGAGCCGAAAACUUCAAUUGUUAUAGGUGGGUUCCAGUUGGAGAACAAUUUGCUGGAAUUCGAUCUUGGGACGUCGAUGUUGGGGUUCAGUUCUUCUUUACUGAAUAGGCAAACAAGUUGUUCUGGGUUUAGUUUCAAUCCGGUUUCAAUCAACUCCUCUUGAGGUUUAACUUUAAAUGAUCUUCUUGUAAUCGUGAUUUAUUUUUGCUAAUACUUGUAAUUUUGUAAGAUGUCUUCUAUAAGUGUAACACUUUGUGAGUUAUAUCAAUGCACUGAAUUUUGAUCAAGAAAAUUUUUUUAGGGGA